UUAACGUCGUGGCUGUGCGCAUCCAGUAAUGCUUUCUGUCAGCAUGCUAUUUUGAAUACUUCAUAGUUGGAUGUCAGCGUAACUUUGGUUGUGUAAAACUAGUUUGUAGCAGCGACCUGGAUUGAAAUCAUAACCCGACAUGUUUUGACUCGGAUUUGGUGUUUGUGGCUUGCCCUAUACCUCAGCCUUUGACUCUCGAUCCGACCAUAACCUCACAUAUAAAAGCUGUCGUAGCCAGGAACAUGUUAAAGAUGGCAAGUUUGCAAAAUGCAGUACACAGGGUCAUACCCUCAGCUUUCCGAGAUGCUAAACUUUGGAGGAGAUCGCCAGUUGGAAGGAAGCAGAAAGUCGAGCACGCGGUGAGAAAGAAGGGUACGUUAUCGUGCUCAUUACGGUGUUAUGCCCAUGCUGUGGUCCGCCCGCACAGGUCGACCUUCCCGGGCAGAGCUCUGUGCAGUUUGUCCUCGCACACACCGUACGACGAGGCCUUCGCGGGGGCAAUCAACUCACCUGAAGAGUUCUGGGCGGCCGCUGCCGAGGAAAUCGUCUGGCACAAGAAAUGGAACAAGGUCCUAGACAACAGCAACCCACCCUUUACACAAUGGUUUCCAGGAGGGGAACUGAACACCACGUACAACUGUCUGGAUCGUCAUGUGGAAGCUGGUCAUGGGGAGCAGACAGCCAUCAUCUAUGACAGUCCAAUCACAGACAGCAUCGCCAAAAUCUCCUACAAUGAACUUCUGCAGGAGGUGAAGACAUUUGCUGGACUGUUGACAAAAUAUGGGGUGCAGCGGGGUGAUAGAAUCAUAAUCUACAUGCCUAUGAUUCCCCAGGCCAUUGUGGUCAUGUUAGCCAGUGCCCGUAUCGGGGCCAUACACGCGCUCGUCUUUGGAGGAUUUGCUGCUAAAGAACUCUCCGUUCGUAUCAAUCAUGCUAAGCCACGAAUCAUUGUCAGCGUGAACUGUGGAGUGGAACCAGGUAAAACCAUCCGAUACAAGCCCAUCCUGGACGAAGCCAUCAACCUGAGCGAUCACAAACCCCAGAGCUGUAUUAUCUACGACCGCCCCGAGUUUGAGAAAGCAUCUCUGAUGAAAGGUCGAGACCUUGAGUACAGUGAGGAGAUGACCCACGCCCGUCCUGUAGAUCCUGUCCCCGUGCCUGCCAUGGACCCCAUCUACCUCCUCUAUACCUCAGGUACCACGGGCCUCCCUAAGGCUGUGGUCAGACCGAGUGGAGGUCAUGCUGUGGCCCUUAACUGGAGCAUGAAGAACAUCUAUGGUAUCCAGCCUCAUGAGGUGUGGUUUGCAGCCUCUGACCUGGGAUGGGUUGUCGGUCACUCCUACAUUAAUUAUGCCCCUCUGCUUAACUGUAACACAACCAUAUUGUUUGAGGGGAAGCCUGUGGGCACACCGGACCCCAGCACUUAUUUCCGUAUCAUCAAGGAGCAUAAUGUCGCAGGCAUGUUUGUCGCCCCUACGGGCCUCAGGGCUGUGAAAAGAGAGGACCCUCGUGGAACAUUUGCUCAUAAGUAUUUGCCCUGUCCCAAAUUUCGGUAUUUGUAUGUGGCAGGGGAGCACUGCGAUCAUGACACUGUGGAGUGGAGUAGGAAGGUUUUUAAUGCUCCAGUGCUGGAUAACUGGUGGCAGACAGAGACGGGCUGGGCCAUAACAGCGACCUGCUCAGGGCUGGGUAUGUCUCUCUCCCCUCCCACAGGGGUCGCAGGAAGACCAGCCCCAGGCUGGGAUGUCCGAGUGGUACGCCCUGACCAUUCUGAGACAGACCCAAAUGAGUUAGGCCGGAUUGUUAUCAAGUUACCUCUGCCUCCUGGUAGCUUGUCAACUCUCUGGGAGAAUGAUGAAAAGUUUGUGGACACGUUCUUCAGAAAAUAUCCAGGUUACUACGAUACCAUGGACUCUGGUUACCGUGACCGGAAUGGUUACAUCGCAGUGAUGUCACGGGCUGAUGAUGUCAUCAAUGUGGCGGGCCACAGGAUGUCUGCUGGAGGACUGGAAGAGGCUGUGUUGGAACAUGAAGACGUAGCUGAGGCAGCUGUCAUAGGCAUGGCCGACACCCUCAAAGGCCAGGUCCCACUGGGUCUGUUGGUGCUGAAGUCAGACGUUGAGAAAUCUCCCUCUCAGGUUGUUGACGAAGUGCUGAAGACUGUUCGUGACAACAUUGGUGCUGUGGCUAGCUUCAAACAUGCAGUGGUUGUCCCAAGGCUACCUAAAACUCGCUCUGGCAAAAUCCCGCGUAGCACGAUCGCAGCCUUAGCUGCCAGUCAGCCAUUCCAGAUUCCUGUAACAAUAGAAGAUGCCACGGUAUACCCAGCCAUUAAAGAGGCCUUACAAGGGAUAGGACUGGCUCGUGAUGCCUGAUAUCGAGUGACUGAAUCGGGCUCCUCAGGAGAAUUUACUGGCCCAUGAUGCCCGAUGAUAUCAAGUUGCCACUGUAUAUCCAGUUGUUGUGGCAUGCUCAGGAGAAUUUACUGGCCCGUGAUGACUGAUGAUAUCAAAUUGCCACUGUAUAUCCAGCUGUUAUGGGCUGCUCAGGAGAAUUUACCAGCUUGUUAUGCCUGAUGAUAUCAAGUUGCCACUGUAUAUCCAGUUGUUGUUGCAUGCUCAGGAGAAUUUACUGGCCCGUAAUGACUGAUGAUAUCAGGUUGCCACUGUAUAUCCAGCUGUUAUGGGCUGCUCAGGAGAGUUUACUGGCCCGUGAUGACUGAUGAUAUCAAGUUGCCACUGUAUAUCCAGCUGUUAUGGGCUGCUCAGGAGAAUUUACCAGCUUGUUUUUGCCUGAUGAUAUCAAGUUGUCAGUGUAUAUCCUUCCAUUAGUGAAGCCCUAUGGAAGAGUAAAAUGGCCCGUAAUGCCUGAUGAUAUCAAGUUACCACUUCACAGCCAGCUGUUAUGGGCUGUUUAGGAGAAUUUACUGGCCCGUAAUGCUUAAUGAUAUCAAGUUGCCACUGUAUAUCCAUCCAUUAAAAGAGCCUUACAGAAGAGUAGACUGGUGUAAUGCUUAAUGAUGUCAAGUUGCCACAGUAUAUCCAUCCAUUAAAGAGGCCUUACAGAAGAUUGAACUGACCCAUAAUGCAUGAUGACAUCUGUACAUCCAUCCAGUAAAGAAGCCUGGUGUAUGCAUUGAAAUUGUAGUAUUGCACACAUAAAGAUGUCCGGAAAGCGUGUCUAACGCACAUUCAUUCACUGUGCAUUAUAAAUGAUAUUAUUGUCCAUUUUUCUUUGUUUCCCUGCACUUUUUGUGUGUGGCAGCAGUACAAGCGUGAUGACAUUGGAACCAUCCUGUGAAACGGAUGGAAGAACAAAUUGGUAUGGACUUGUGUCUAUAUAUACAUGUUUGUACGUGAAUAGGUAUGUGCAAUUCAAAUGUCAAGAAGAAUGUCAGAUCUAUGUGGAAGUUUUAACUGUGCUGUUCUGAUUGGAGGAGGGAAUGGGGUAUUCUGAGCAGGAGGGUUUAACCGAAUCAUGUCUGAAGGGGGAAUUCUGAGCAGGAGGGUUUAACCGAGUCAUGUCUGAAGGGGGAAUUGUGAGCAGGAGGGUUUAACCGAGUCAU